GUUAAUUUUGCCGUCAAAGUCUCAUUGAAUUUUCUGCUCUGUUUUAAUUGAUCAAUUUGACAUAUCAAAAUGUUUACAUCACGCUUGAGCUCUCUUGCAGCACUUGCAGCAGUGUUAUCCGUCACUGCCGGUGAUGUCAACUCUGUUUGCAAAUCAUUCGGUGUUGACUUCGUCGAUGAGGGCUCUUACUUCAUCAAUUCCUUGUCUCAAGACCCAUUUACUUGCGUGAGCACCUUCAAAGGCUGCAACGCAGAUAUUGCAGAGAUUCUUCUCGUCGAUCCCCAGAAUGAGGAAUACCUCUGCUCACAGGUUCAGACUACGCCCGAGGAUGAUCCCAAACUGUCAACAUGCCCUAUUCUCAAGAAUCAAAUGAGUACUGGAGACUGGAUUAUCCUUGUGCUCGGUAACAACGACGAUGGAAACCCUUUUGCUUGGGAGAGGGAUAUCCAUCUCGAUGUUGGCCCACAAGCUACAUCAACUGUCACACCUACCGUGACAUUCAAUGUCACUACUACUCCCGUAGUUACUACAAAGACUGCAACUACGUCUGUUAGCACGUCUACUGUGGGACCGUUCUCCACUGUUACGAGGCCCUCGGCGACAGCCUCGCAGACCAAGACCAUUACUCCGGUCCCGGUCACUAAGACCUCGACCACAACCUUUACUCGCACGUCUACCUCUGUCACAGCCACAGUCAUUGCCACUACUAAGACGGUUACCGCAACCUGCACCGUGCCCAAGCCUGGCAGGCAAGACAAGUCAGCCACCUACACACCGACUCUCAUUACCGCAGAGGCUCUUCGGCCGACCAGCCCACCAGCAGCCAAGUAUAACCGCUACGUUCGCAAGACAGACCGUGCUGUUGACUACGCCUAUGCUAAGAGCCGCGUUGAGGCUGCAAAAGCUCGACGUGAUGCCAAAGCGAACGCAGACGUUGCUCGUGUGGAGAAGCGUGCACCAGAUGCCCCAACUGUCACUGUCACUGCUGCUACUCCAGCCAGCACGACCAUCACCUACACUGGUGCUCCCGUCACGACCACGGAAACUGUUCUCUCCACUGUCAUCACUACUUCCACCCUUCCUGCGGCUACUUUCUACACUGGCAUCUUCACCUCCACCAUCACACUCCCCACCCAGACUAAGACCAAAUUAAUCUCUACGACAACUACCACCAAGGUCACCCGUACUAUCACCGCUUCCAUCACUUGGACCACCACUAUCACACCGACUGCUUCCGUUACGGCAUGCAAGAAGGUUGGUGGAAGCAUUGGACCCGCCAGAAGGAUCUAAGAAUCUUACGACCAUGUACAUACACACUGAGCACCUUUUGGCUCUCAUCUUGGAAGCCUUUCUUUCUAUGUUCUUUAUUUCUAGUCAGAUACUUUUUCGAUAUUUUAUCUCAAUACAUAACGUUGCUACUUUGA